AUGUCUGUCAACAAUGUGACUUUUUGCUUGUCUCAGGAACUGGAUAUACCAUUGAGAGUAAAACUUAGGUCGCUAGAAGGUGUGAAGCAAUUGUCAAAACCCUCGGAAAAGAUACUCAACCCUAAGUUGACGCAGGUUGAGUCUAAUUUGUAUCAUAACAGCAACUUCCUAGUAUCAGUUCAGGUUUUUGAUAACGAAAGACAUAGGAACCUCACCCUCCCUGUUUUCACGCCGUAUAUCCCAUUUAAAAAUUCAAGAAAAUGGGACUAUUGGGUUACGCUACCAAUAAUGAUAAAACAAUUGACAUUAUCCAGCAGAUUGAGGAUUAUACUAUGGGAAUAUAAUGGCAUGAAAAAGGUUGCAUUUUAUAAAUUGGAGACUUGUAUAUUCAAUUACAAUGACUGUUCGUUGAAAAGAGGGUAUGAAUCUUUGAAAUUUGAUUACGAAGUACCCAAUACAGUGACAUCAAUUGAAGAUGAUGAGGUGCAAGAAAAUUUGAACAAGUAUCUUCAAGGUGAAAUUAAGAAAAUUGAUUGGCUGGAUGAUAUUACCUUCAAGAAAUUGGUCGAAGAAAGGGAAAAAAGAACUUGGCCACGAAACACAUUUGUUUUAAACAUAGAAUUUCCUGUCUUUGAGCUACUUGUCAUCUACACUGAAAGAAUGGAUGAGAAUGUACAGAAAAAUAUUUCUACUCUGCAUAAUUUCGAAUCUGUUACAGAUAUGACAGAACAUUCCAAGACAAGUCCAGAUAUUAAAAUAUCAUUGGGCGAUAAAUAUACCUCGACUCUAAAGUUUUAUGAUCCUGAUCAAUUUAACAGUGAUCCUAUAGAAGAGAAGUAUCGAAGACUGGAAAGAACUUCCAAACAAUCAGACCUGGAUAAACAGGUCAAACCUGAUACUAAAAAGAGGAAAUACUUGAACAAAAUCAUCAACUAUCCUCCUGGUACUGCCCUUACUGCUCAUGAAAAGGGAUCAAUUUGGAAGUAUAGGUAUUUUUUGAUGACAAAUAAAAAGGCACUCACCAAGCUUUUAAGAAGUACUAACUUAAGUGAGGAAACAGAACGUAACGAGGUACUUGAACUGAUGGAUUCAUGGGCCGAAAUUGAUAUUGACGAUGCAAUUGAGCUGCUGGGACCUGAUUUCACUAACUUAUCAGUCAGGUCUUAUGCGGUAAAUAGACUGAAAAAGGCGUCCGAUAAGGAUUUAGAACUAUAUUUGUUGCAGUUGGUUCAAGCGGUGUGCUUCGAAAACCUAUCUGUACUGAACGAUAAGACGAACAGUGAAUUCCAGAUAGUCAACACCCCAGCAUCUCCAAAUGUAGUUAAUUCCACGAUGAUUCAAAGGUAUCAGAAACUAGAGAGGUCUGUACAGAGCUCUGAAGAUGGUCAAAUUAACGACAUGACUAUGGAGGAAACAACUAUUGUUAUUUCUCCUUUGGCAGAAUUUUUGAUAAAAAGAGCUUUAAAGAAUCCAAGAUUGGGUAACUUUUUUUAUUGGUACCUGAAAUCGGAGUGUGAAGAUAGACCCUAUCUGAAACAAAUAUUAGACUCGUUUUUGGACAGAUUGCCUAGUGGACAAAAAGUAACGUUAUUUGAACAAAUCGAAUUUGUAACUUUGUUAUCACGUUGUAGUGAAGAAAUUAAGAAAUCAAAAGAUACUACAACUAAAAAAAUUGAACUAUUGCAUUCCUUACUGACCACCAAAAUUAGACAUAUGUUGAAAAAUAAGCCAAUUCCUUUGCCCCUGAACCCAGAUAUAUUUGUCUGCGAUGCAAGUCCAGAACAGUCUACAGUGUUUAAGAGUUCCUUGUCGCCGUUAAUGAUUAGCUUCAAAACUACAGACAAUUUACCUUAUCAACUUAUGUACAAAGUAGGAGAUGAUUUGAGACAAGAUCAACUGGUAAUUCAAAUUAUUCGAUUAAUGGAUGAGCUCUUGAAAAGUGAGAAUGUAGAUCUAAAACUUUCGCCAUAUUUGACAUUAGCCACUGGAAUACAAGAAGGUGCAAUACAAUUUGUCCCAAGUAGUACAUUGGCCUCGAUAUUAAGUAAUUACCAUGGUAUAUUGUUCUACCUCAAGGCUCAUUUUCCAGAUGAUAGUCAGGAACUAGGUGUUCAAGAUUUAGUUAUGGAAAACUUUGUGAAAUCUUGUGCUGGCUACUCGGUGAUAACUUACAUCCUAGGUGUCGGUGAUAGACAUUUAGAUAACUUAUUGCUCACUCCUGAUGGUCACUUUUUCCAUGCAGAUUUCGGUUACAUCCUGGGCCAAGAUCCUAAACCAUUCCCCCCUUUAAUGAAGCUACCACCUCAAAUCAUUGAAGCAUUCGGUGGAGCCGAAUCAUCAAAUUACGAUAAGUUUCGAAGCUACUGUUUUGUAGCCUAUUCAAUCUUAAGGAGAAAUGCUGGCUUGAUAUUAAAUCUUUUUGAGCUAAUGAAACAGUCAAACAUUCCAGACAUUAGAGUCGAUCCUGAUGGUGCAAUUUUGAAAGUCAAGGAGAGGUUCAAUCUCGAUAUAUCAGAAGAAGAAGCAAUUAUUCACUUUCAAACGCUAAUUAAUGACAGCGUAAACGCACUACUUCCAAUUGUGAUAGACCGUCUCCAUAACCUGGCACAGUACUGGAGAGCAUGA